GCUUCAUAACCCCGACACAACAGCACUCCAGCUCCCGAAGGCCGAAGGGUAUGCUUGUGACCAUAUCGAUUCUAAUAUCCAACAUACCAGUCGGUCGACACUCGACAAAUCGUUGAAAUGGCUGGUCCCGCGCAUGGAAAACCAGUCUGGAAGGGCAACCACCCCGUUGGGCAAAUCAAUGCCCAACGACCCCUGUACAGAUUCGCUGCGACUGGUCUAGGAGCAGCUAUGUGGUUCUUUUUGUUCUACAGAAUGAAGAAAGAUGGCCCUGCACUCCUCGGAUGGGAACACCCUUGGGAACAUGCGUCGCACCACCCAGAAGGCGGCAGUCACGGCCCUCACGGCACCUUUUAAGCGAAGACGCACGAAUCAUUGUACAUACACCUGCAAAGACAUUUAUGGGCGUUGAGGAGAGGGACAAUUACACCUCGGAUGGAUACCGUUGAAAGAAAGUCAAGAUAGCAACACACUGGUUGAGGCCGAGUCAUGAUCAUCAGUAUCAACUCGUGAAGAGAAUGGCAAGCUCUGUCAAUGCCCCAAAUACUCGCCUUGCUUCCCGUGACUGCUUCUUUCGAACAGAUAAUGGCUGACACCCCAAGUAUCACCACGCUCAUACGCAAACAGUUCCGCGCACGCCAUAUAAAAGAUCUGCCAUCGAUAGAACCACAUGGCUGCUUUGU